GGCACCACCAGCAACACCUUUCUCUUUCUCUUGUUUAGUUUCGAACCCUUUCCUUUUCCUUCCUUCUCCGCCUCACCACCCUAACCCAACCCUCUCUCUUUCUCUCUCCAAAAUCUCUCUCCCUCCCACCGUUAUUUAGGGUUUGGCAGAUCUCGAUCCGUCACAAUGGACGUUCGCAAGCGCGGAAGGCCCGACGUCAACCUUAACGGCGCCGUUAAGAAGACCAAGCAAGAAUUGGAGUCCUUAUCAAGUGGUGUAGGAAGCAAAUCGAAGCCAUGUACCAAGUUUUUCAGUACUGCUGGCUGCCCAUUUGGUGAGGGCUGCCACUUCUUACAUUAUGUUCCAGGUGGUUACAAUGUUGUUGCCCAUAUGAUGAAUUUAAAACCCGCGGCUCCUCCACCAAGAACCGUUGCUGCACCACCACCCAUCCCGAAUGGUUCUGCUCCAUCUGCUGUUAAAACCCGCAUAUGUAACAAAUUCAAUACUGCCGAAGGAUGCAAAUUUGGUGACAAGUGCCAUUUUGCCCAUGGUGAAUGGGAACUUGGCAAACCUAUUGCUCCAUCAAUUGAUGAUCAUCAUCAUCAUCGUCCUUUGGGACCUCCAGCAGGUGGUCGUAUGGCUGGUCGAAUUGAGCCUCCUCCCGCUAUGGCUGGUAGCUUUGGUGCCAUUUCUACCGCCAAGAUCAGUGUAGAAGCUUCCCUGGCUGGAGCUAUCAUUGGGAAGGGUGGUGUGAACUCGAAGCAGAUCUGUCGCCAAACAGGAGCCAAACUUUCAAUUCGAGAGCACGAAUCCGAUCCAAAUCUUAGAAACAUUGAACUCGAGGGAACUUUUGAACAGAUUAAGGAAGCAAGUAACAUGGUAAAAGAUUUACUUUUGACCGUGUCAAUGUCUGCCCCACCAAAAUCCACCCCAGGUGUUCCUGGUGCCCCUGCCCCCCCUGGAAGCAACUUCAAGACCAAGCUGUGUGAGAAUUUUGCAAAAGGAUCUUGCACCUUUGGAGAGAGAUGUCACUUUGCACAUGGAGCUGCUGAAUUGCGCAAGUCGGGAGUAUGAUUUUGUUUUUCCAUUUGUAUUAGCCAGGCUAUUAUUAUUAUCAUCAUUAUUGUUGUUGAAGCUGUGCAUUGCUACUUAAUGGUACUGAAAUUAAUUCUUGAUGUUAUAGUUUUGCAGUACUAAGUUAAUUUUCAAAACUACUUUUUUGCGAUUGCAAAUACUGUUCUUUUUCUUAAAA